GCCCUCCCUUCCCCGAGGCUCUUUUAUGGUCUGCCUCACACUUUUCCUCUUCGCUUUGGAGGCUUCGCUCCCCUUGAAGCAGUCAGCACCGCCCCAGGGCUGCCCCCUCCGCCACCGCCUGCGCCAGCCAAGUGCCCAGUGCAACCCGGGUCCGUGGCCCCCGGCCCCCCACUGCCAUAAAGAGCACCGGAUAGCGGGCAGGAAGGGGCAAGUGGGCCAGACAGAGGCACAGGAGGGGCCAGGCAGAAGGUGAGCCGUCGCUCAGCAUCCCCGGUUGGGCGUCGGACCUGCUGCGGCUCAGGAUGCAGUGGCUCAGGUUGGCGCUGGCAGCGCUGUUGCUGGCCGUGGGCAGCCCCGGGGCAUGGGGCGAGGAGGGCCUGGAUUUCCCCGAGUACGACGGUGUGGAUCGGGUCAUCGAUGUCAACGCCAAGAACUACAAGGCGGUGCUGAAGAAGUAUGAAAUCCUGGCUCUGCUCUACCAUGAUCCCGUGGGGGACGACAAGGCAUCGCAGAGACAGUUUGAGAUGGAGGAGCUCAUCCUGGAGUUAGCAGCCCAAGUCCUGGAGGACAAAGGCGUCGGGUUUGGCCUGGUGGACUCGGAGAAGGAUGCAGCUGUGGCCAAGAAGCUGGGGUUGACAGAGGAGGAUAGCGUGUACGUGUUCAAGGAGGAUGAGGUGAUCGAGUAUGAUGGGGAGCUGUCCGCUGACACCCUGGUCGAGUUUCUUCUGGACGUGCUGGAGGACCCGGUGGAGUUCAUCGAGGGAGACCACGAGCUCCAGGCCUUUGAGAACAUCGAUGAGGAGCCCAAGCUCAUCGGCUACUUCAAGAGCGAGGACUCAGAGCACUUCAAAGCCUACGAGGAUGCAGCAGAGGAGUUCCACCCCUACAUCCCCUUCUUUGCAACCUUUGACAGCAAGGUGGCCAAGAAGCUGACGCUGAAGCUGAAUGAGAUCGACUUCUAUGAGCCCUUCAUGGAAGAGCCCGUCACCAUCCCUGACAAGCCCAACAGCGAGGAGGAAAUUGUGAAGUUCGUCGAGGAGCACAAGAGGUCAACACUGAGGAAGCUGCAGCCAGACAGCAUGUACGAGACCUGGGAGGACGACCUGGACGGGAUCCACAUCGUGGCCUUUGCAGAGGAGGAUGACCCUGAUGGCUAUGAAUUCCUGGAGAUCCUGAAGGAAGUGGCCAGGGACAAUACAGACAACCCCGACCUGAGCAUCAUCUGGGUGGACCCUGAGGACUUCCCACUGCUCAUCCCCUACUGGGAGAAGACCUUUGGGAUUGACCUGUCUCAGCCCCAGAUCGGCGUGGUCAACGUCACCGAUGCUGACAGCAUCUGGAUGGAGAUGGAUGACGAGGAAGACCUGCCCUCGGUAGAUGAGCUGGAGGACUGGAUCGAGGAUGUGCUGGAAGGCGAGAUCAACACAGAGGACGAUGAUGACGACGACGAUGAUGACGAUGACGACGAUGACUAGAUGUCGUCGCCUCCCUGUUGGGUCUCGCCCGGGGCCACACUCUGCCCGGGCCCACCCAGGGCACCCACGGGGUCUUGGGGGUGGGGUGACAGCAGUGUGUGGCCACGGCCACGUGGCCAGACUCUAGCCGUGGCACAUUUUUGUAUGGAUCCUAUUUAAGCCGUCGGCUCCCCGGGAACCACAUGCUGCCCCUGACAGGUGCUGGCUUCCUUGGGGGGAGGAACCCCCCAAUGCAGCCUGUGCCCCCAUCCCCUCCCCCUUCCCAAGGCACUCACAAGGCACGAAACAGGGCUUAGCUGAGCUUUAUCUUGGCCUUGUUGCCCUGACACCCCUCCUCGAACAGCUGGGGGGAGUCAGGCCACAGCACAGCCCUGACCCCACUAACCCUCAGGCUAGAGGAAAAUCCCCAUCCUCUCUCAGCUCUAUAGGGCUCAUGACACUUGAGUGAGUGGCUCCUGUUGCUACCAGCUGAGGCAACAGUGUCCCAUGCACUCAGAGCCAGCUCAUGCCAACAUGGGACAGAAGCCAGCCCUGAGCCCCACUUCGUGCCCUGCUGGCAGCGUGUGACCCUGUCUUCGGGCUCUCCCUGUGACGGGAGCCCUGCAGCCUGCGGGAAGCAGAGAGGGGUCCUGCUGCAGGCAGACCCCAGCUAGAGCCUGCCCCCUUUCCCCCCCACCCUGCCCCGGGGAGCAACCAAUGUGCAAUUUGUAUAUUUAUAACCAACUUUGUACAGAGCAACAUUGCAACCAGCAAGGCAAUAAAACCUGCAGUACGGCG